AUGGCUGAGUCUCCCGAGGACGAUCAGACCCUCGCCAGUGCCGAGUACGACGCUCAUCAUGUAGAUAUCGUUCAGGCAGAGGCGGCUUUCAACCAGCUCUCUAGGGCUCUGUCUCGCCGCUCCUUAGCUUCUCACGCCGACGAGAAAAGUGAGAAGCAGCAUUUUCAGGAUAUAGAGCAGGCGCCGUCUGAAGAGGCCUUUGACCUGCGCGAGUAUCUCUCCAGCUCCAACGAUGCUAUGCAGAGUGCAGGCAUCAAGCACAAACAUGUCGGCGUUACCUGGGAUAACCUCCGUGUCGACGUCUUCGGUGGAACCGGCCAUAAGAUAUACGCCAAGACAUUUGGCGAGGAUGCGGUCGAGUUUUGGCUGACUCCGUUUCGGAUACUUUGGCCCCUUCUUUCGAAGAUCAUUCCAUCCAAGGAGCAGCAGGUUCCGACCACGACUAUUUUGCACAAGCAAUCCGGCUUGCUUAAGCCGGGUGAGAUGUGUUUGGUUUUGGGUUGUCCUGGAGCUGGUUGCACGACGUUCUUGAAAACGUUGGCCAAUGAAAAGCGGGAAUAUGCUAGUGUUUCUGGCGAUGUUCUUUACGCUGGUAUCGAUGCGCACGAAAUGGCCAAAUACUACAAGGGUGAGGUUGUCUACAACCAAGAAGAUGACAUUCACAUCUCCACGCUGACUGUCUCUCAGACAUUGGACUUUGCCUUAUCGUUGAAGACUCCUGGACCCAAUGGCCGUCUUCCUGGCUUAUCGCGGAAGGAAUUUAAUCGUUCGGUUGAGAACAUGCUGCUCAAGAUGCUCAAUAUCUCGCACACCGCAGAUACCUAUGUGGGUGACGAGUUUGUCCGUGGAGUAUCUGGCGGCGAACGGAAACGAGUGUCGAUUGCGGAGAUGAUGGCGACUCGAGCACAUGUCCUCUGCUACGAUAACUCUACUCGUGGUCUCGACGCCAGCACUGCCUUGGACUUCGUCAAAUCGCUUCGUAUCAUGACAGACGUGCUUGGACAGACUGUCUUCGUCACCUUAUACCAGGCCGGUGAAUCAAUAUACGACCUGUUCGACAAGGUGCUCGUCCUCGACAAGGGCCGUCAGGUGUAUUUUGGACCUCCGUCUGCAGCCCGGGCUUACUUCGAGGGGCUCGGGUACCGACCGCUCCCCCGGCAGAGUACUGCUGACUAUCUAACUGGGUGCACUGAUCCCAACGAGCGUCAGUUUGCUGACGGUCGGUCAGAGGAAGACGUACCGUCGUCUCCCGAGGAGCUCGAGCAGGCGUUCCUACAGUCCGACUUUGCAGGCGAGAUGCGCAAACUACUUGGGGACUACAAGGUAUUGAUGGACCAGGAUAAGACGGACCAGGAGGAGUUCCGUGCCGCUGUAGAGGCCGACAAGAAGCGCGGGGUUUCGAAGAAGAGUCCUUAUACGCAGGGUUUCAUUAACCAGGUUCGGGCCUUGACCUUGCGUCAAUUUAGAAUGCGUCUCCAGGAUCGGUUCCAGCUCAUCACGAGUUUCACACUGUACACGGUCUUGGCUAUAAUUAUUGGUGGAGCAUUCUUUGACCUUCAACCCGACGCUGCGGGUGCCUUCACGAGGGGAUCGGUUAUUUUCGUCGGUAUGCUUACGGCUUGCUUAGACACGUUCGGAGAGAUGCCGGUGCAAAUGCUUGGGCGACCUAUUCUCAAGAAGCAGACGGGUUAUAGCUUGUAUCGCCCCGCCGCGAUAGCGAUAGCGAACACUCUAGCGGACAUGCCCUUUUCUGCCCUCCGGAUUUUCCUCUACAAUGUUAUUAUUUACUUCAUGUCGAAUCUGGCAAGAUCUGCUGGUGGUUUCUUCACGUAUCACUUAUUUGUGUAUCUGGCAUUCCUCACGAUGCAAGGGUUCUUUAGGUCGUUUGGAUUCCUGUGCUCUAACUUUGAUGCCGCUUUCCGGCUUGCCACAUUCUUUAUGCCUAACAUGAUCAUGUAUGCAGGUUAUAUGAUACCUGUGUUCAGCAUGAAGCGAUGGUUGUUCUGGAUUUUCUACAUCAACCCGCUUUCAUACGCCUGGUCUGGUUGCAUGGAAAACGAAUUUAUGCGGAUUAACUUGGCCUGUGAUGGGAAUUAUAUUGUUCCGCAUAACGGACCUGGUCUUGACAAAUACCCGAACUCGUUGGGUCCAAAUCAAGCUUGUACCUUGUAUGGCGCGUCGUCAGGACAGAGCGAAAUUCCCGGCCGCACGUAUGUCGACAUCGGUUAUGGGAUUAUGGUCACAGAUCUGUGGCGACGAAACUUCCUCGUACUACUUGGAUUCUUCUUCUUAUUCCAAAUCACCCAGGUGUUACUCUUGGAAUACUAUCCUCAAUAUUUUGGGGCCUCGAGUGUUACCGUUUUUGCUAAAGAGACUGCGGACUCGAAAGUUCGUAAUGCUAAUCUCCAGGCGCUUAAGGCACGCCGGGAUCCUAAAUCUAGGAAGACAAUUGAUGUCGAGGCGCAAGUUUCCAAAGAUAGUUCUGACGACAUGGAGUUUGAUUCGAAGACAUUCACGUGGGAGAACAUCAAUUAUCAUGUACCGGUGACUGGCGGUACAAGACGCCUGCUUCACGACGUCUUCGGUUAUUGUAAACCUGGGACUUUGACGGCUUUGAUGGGUUCUUCCGGAGCGGGUAAAACCACCUGCCUUGAUGUGCUUGCACAACGCAAGAACAUUGGUGUCGUUGCGGGUGAUCUUCUAUUGGAUGGCCGGCCUCUCGGCAGUGACUUCGCACGCAAAACGGCGUAUGCCGAGCAAAUGGAUGUGCAUGAAGGCACGGCUACGGUCAGGGAGGCUAUGAGAUUUUCUGCAUAUCUUCGACAACCCCACCACAUCCCCCAAGAAGACAAGGAUGCUUACGUCGAGGAGAUGAUCGAUGUAUUGGAGUUGCAGGAUUUGGCCGACGCUAUCGUUGCUAGCCUGGGAGUGGAAGCUCGCAAGCGUUUGACGAUUGGUGUGGAGCUUGCAAGCAAGCCGUCGCUCUUGUUCUUGGAUGAGCCCACUUCCGGAUUGGACGGUCAGAGCGCGUGGAACCUUGUCCGAUUUUUGAAGAAAUUGGCAGAUAACGGACAAGCAAUUCUGUGUACCAUUCACCAACCGUCGUCCAUGUUAAUCCAGACAUUUGACAAGCUACUACUGUUGGAGCGGGGAGGUGAGACCGUUUACUUCGGCGACAUCGGUGAAGAUUCGAAAACAUUACGGGACUAUUUUGCUCGGCAUGGUGCGGUAUGCCCCCCCAACGUCAAUCCAGCAGAGUUCAUGCUCGAUGCCAUCGGUGCUGGCUUGGCACCUCGUAUUGGUGAUCGAGACUGGAAGGAUAUUUGGCACGACUCACAAGAAUACACUGAUAUGCGGACUGAGAUCGAUCGUAUCAAGCGGGAUGCUCAGGCCAUACCUAUUCAGGAAUCAGACAAGAAACCAUCCAUGUAUGCAACACCCUUCCUGUACCAGCUCAAGGUGGUUGUAACACGAAAUAACUUGAUGCUCUGGCGGUCGCCCGAUUAUGUCUUCAGUCGCCUUUUCGUGCAUGGGUUCAUUUCUUUGUUCGUCUCCUUGCCGUUCCUCCAGCUGGGAGAUAGUGUGCGCGAUCUCCAGUACCGUGUUUUCGGAAUCUUCUGGAUAACAAUCUUGCCGGCUGUUCUUAUGGGCCAAUUGGAGCCCAUGUGGAUUAUCAACAGAAGAAUUUUUAUUCGAGAGGCUUCUAGUCGCAUAUAUUCGCCAUAUGUUUUUGCCAUUGGCCAACUCUUAGGAGAGAUCCCAUAUUCGCUCCUAUGCGCUAUCCUUUACUGGGUUCUCAUGGUUUACCCCAUGGGCUUCGGUAAGGGUUCAGCAGGUGUUGGAGGCACAUUCUUCCAGCUGCUAGUUGUCAUCUUUGUGGAGAUGUUCGGUGUGAGCUUUGGCAUGUAUAUUUCUUCGCCGUCUAUCGCCCCCCUGUUCAACCCCUUCAUGAUUGUGGUGUUGAGCACAUUCUGCGGUGUCACGAUACCCUUUCCCACUCUUGAGAACUUCUUCAGAUCAUGGCUGUAUCAGUUAGAUCCCUAUACUCGGAUACUUAGCUCCAUGCUGUCCACUGAGUUACAUGGCCUAGUCAUUAAAUGUCAAAGUGAUGAAUUUACCAUCUUCAGUCCGCCCUCCGGGCAGACUUGUCAGCAGUGGGCGGGCGAGUUCGUGUCUGCUUUCGGUGGGUACCUCGACAACCCCAAUUCUACUACCGCCUGCCGUUACUGUGAAUAUGCUGUUGGCGAUCAGUUCUUCGAGCCCCUCAACAUCUCAUACCAUAAUCGGUGGCGAGACGCCUUCGUUUUCUUCUGUUACUUUGUCUUCAACGUCAUUGCGACGAUCAUUGCAUCGCGUUUCUUACGAUAUGCCAAGCGAUAA